GUGACGCAGGUUUGAGGGGCAGCGCGGCCCUGGCUGUGGGCAGCGGCUCUGGCGUUCCCUUGGCUCUGCCAGGUCCUGCUAGGCUGGGCGCUUCCCGCAGGGCUCAGCCUCUGCCGGUGACCUGGGCAGCUGAGGCGCUGAGCCAGCGGCUGCUUCGGCCAGUGUAGCGGGAGCGAGGGAACACAAAUUGCUUCAAAGGGCUUAAGACUCUGUGAAGAAGAUGUUUCCUUUAAAAGACACAGAGAUGGGCGCUUCCACCUUCUUUGCCUCAGCUCUGCCACACGAUGUUUGUGGAAGUAACGGCCUUCCUCUGACACCUAACUCCAUAAAAAUUUUGGGGAGAUUUCAAAUCCUGAAAACAAUCACCCAUCCCAGACUCUGCCAGUAUGUUGAUAUUACCAGAGGUAAACAUGAGAGACUGGUUGUGGCAGCUGAACACUGUGAAAAGAGCCUGGAAGAUUUGCUACGAGACAGAAAACCAGUCAGUCCUUCAAAGAUCUUGUGUAUAGCAUAUGAGGUUUUGCAAGGUUUGCAAUAUAUGAACAAACACGGAAUGGUCCACCGAGCACUCUCGCCUUGCAAUAUUCUUUUGGAUCAGAAGGGGCAUGUGAAGCUGGCUAAAUUUGGACUCUACCAUAUGACUGCUCAAGGUGUUGAUGUUGAUUUUCCUAUAGGGUACCCAUCGUAUCUGGCACCUGAAGUAAUUGCGCAAGGAAUAGUCAAACCGAGUGAUCAUACUCAGUGUGAGAAGCCUCUGCCUUCUGGCCCUAAAUCAGAUCUGUGGUCUCUUGGUAUAAUAUUAUUUGAGCUUUGUGUGGGAAGAAAAUUAUUUCAGAGUUUGGAGAUAGCUGAGAGAUUGAAAUUUAUAAUUACAUUAGGCUGUGUAGAUGAUAUUGUAACUGUAUUGGCUGAAGAACAUGGUUGCCUUGAUACUCUUAAGGACCUUCCUGAAAAUAUCACAGCUCUACUGAAAAAAUGCCUUACAUUCCAGCCUUCUAAGAGGCCAACUCCAGAGGAAUUGCUACAUGACAGUUUGUUUAGUGAGCUAUCUUCAGUAUAUCCUCCCUUCCGCAAACCUGCUGGUCUGUUCUCAUCUUCUCCAAGGUGUUCUGAUUUAAUGCUUCCUGAAGACAUAAAUCAAUUAUGUAAAGAUGAAGAUAUUGAUUAUCUAGCAGAAAGAUCAAUUGAAGAAGUUUAUUAUCUCUGGUGUUUGGCUGGAGGAGAUUUGGAGAAAGAACUUGUCAACAAGGAAAUCAUUCGAUCCAAGCCACCUAUCUGCACACUUCCCAACUUUUUAUUAGAAGAUGGUGAGAGCUUUGGGCAAGGACGAGAUAGAAGUUCCCUCCUAGAUGACACAACUGUGACAUUGUCUCUUUGCCAGCUCCGAAAUAGACUGAAAGAUGUUGGUGGGGAAGCAUUUUAUCCACUGCUUGAAGAUGACCAGUCAACAUUACCUCAUUCAAACAGCAGUAAUGAGCUGUCUGCAGCUGCCAGCCUUCCUCUGAUCAUCCGGGAGAGGGACACAGAGUACCAGCUGAAUCGAAUUGUCCUGUUUGACAGGCUGUUGAAGGCCUACCCAUACAAGAGAAACCAAAUUUGGAAAGAAGCCAGGAUUGACAUCCCUCCUCUGCUGAGAGGCAUAACCUGGGCUGCCCUGUUGGGUGUCGAGGGAGCCAUUCAAGCAAAAUAUGAUGCCAUUGAUAAAGACACACCAAUUCCUACAGACAGACAAAUUGAAGUUGAUAUUCCUCGUUGCCAUCAGUAUGAUGAAUUGCUGUCAUCACCAGAAGGUCAUGCAAAGUUUAGACGUGUAUUGAAGGCCUGGGUUGUUUCCCAUCCUGAUUUGGUGUACUGGCAAGGUCUUGACUCGCUUUGUGCACCAUUUCUGUACUUGAAUUUUAACAAUGAAGCUCUGGCAUAUGCCUGCAUGUCUGCUUUUAUCCCCAAGUACUUGUAUAACUUCUUUCUGAAGGAUAAUUCUCAUGUUAUUCAAGAAUACCUGACAGUGUUUUCCCAGAUGAUUGCAUUCCAUGAUCCAGAGCUGAGUAACCACCUCAAUGAAAUUGGUUUUAUUCCCGAUCUGUAUGCUAUUCCAUGGUUUCUUACAAUGUUUACACAUGUCUUCCCUUUGCACAAAAUUUUUCACUUGUGGGAUACUUUACUUCUUGGAAAUUCCUCCUUCCCAUUCUGCAUUGGAGUUGCGAUACUUCAACAGCUGAGGGAUCGGCUUCUGGCCAAUGGAUUCAAUGAAUGCAUUCUCCUUUUCUCAGACUUGCCAGAGAUUGACAUUGAGCGUUGUGUCCGUGAGUCCAUCAACCUGUUCCGCUGGACACCAAAGAGUGCUACGUACCGGCAGUACGCGCAGCCUCCUCGGCAGGCCGGUGAGAGCAAUGGCGCAUGGACUUCCAUGUCCUGCUUCUCAGCAGACUACCAGGAAACACCUCGAGGUGACCUAUCUAGGGAUUCCAUCAAGUUGGAUGACCUGAAGGCAGAGGUGUCACCACGAAUUUCAGCAGAAGAUCUGAUUGAUUUGUGUGAGCUGACAGGACCUAGCCAUUCCAAGACACCUGUAAAGAAAACAAAGCCUAGCAAGCCAAAGCUGCUGGUGGUGGACAUUCGCAACAGCGAAGACUUUAACCGUGGCCACAUAUCUGGCAGCAUCAAUAUCCCAUUCACGUCAGCAUUUACUGCAGAAAGGGAUCUCAUCCAGUGCCCAGCAACUGCCACACUCCAGAGCUUUAAGGGAAGAGUUGUGGUGAUUGUUGGAAAUGCAGUGAAGAACACAGCUGCUUUUGCAGCUCAUCUAGUGAAAAACAAGUAUCCAAGGGUCUGCAUCCUAGAUGGAGGGAUCAACAAGAUCAAGCCAACUGGUCUCCUCACUGUUCCUUCACCACAGAUUUAAGUGACUGCAAACAUUCAGGACUAUCCGAGUAAGGACCAUCUGAGUAGGGAAGCCUUUUCAUUACAGUGUGGAUAUCCCAAACACAAAGGGCUUUAUGAAGUUUUCAUUCUGCAAGAUGUCCAGAUGAGCAGUGUCUUAUCCUGAAGAUUUAAAGCACUGGUGCUUUGUGUUUACUCUUUUAUAUAGAGCUGCAGUGGGAAAAGGUAGAAACUGUGAAGCUUCAGACUUUCCAAGAAACCUCAUUCAGCAUUGAUGUCGUACACAACUGGUUGAACAAGUCUGAACACAAGAAGAAUAACUCAUCUGAUGCUGAGUAUCUUACAUUUCUGCAGAACUAAAUAAACUGCCACUUGAUGUCUCUAAGCUGCACUUAAAUAGAUUGUUCUUCAAAAGUGUUUUACUGUGAAUAUAGAAAGUAAUGAGGUGAAAGCAUACUCCAUGUGUAUCCUCUGGGAAAAAAGUGUGUUUUACACAAUAACUGCUGUAUCAUGGGAGUUUUCUGUAGUUUGUUUCAUCAUGUUUUUUUGAGAAAGCACCUUUUCAGCUGGAUUGGAAAUAAAGAUGUGUCGCAGACUGGGAGUCACUGUUAA